CCUCUUCCGUCCCGUUCCGUUUCUCCUUCCCCCUCCCAUCUCCAAACAAAUCCCCAGCGCACAAGCACGGAGCGUCUCCACCCACACCCCGCCCCGCCGCGAAUUCCGAGGCGCCCCUCCGAUCCGCCCUCCCUGCCGCGUCCCUGGAAUACUCUCGAGUAGAGAUAGCAUCAGUGGUUUCCCCGGCUUCUCGGCAGUCCGCAUCCAUCCGCCGCCGCUCUCUCCUCCGCUCGCCCUUGCUCGGCGCAUCCUCCUCCCCAAGCCCAGCGCGAGCCGCCGCCGCGAGGAUGGAUGUCCGCUGUGAUUUGUGCGGGCGCAAUUUCUCCGACUUAGUUCAAAAUUUUCAGGCUCAUUUGCGCGACAAAAAACCCGGGCGCGCGCAGGAAGCGGCUGCAAAUGGAUGUCAUCAAUGUGAGCAUCGUCUGGGCCGCAUGCCGCUAUCAUCAUCAAGCGCCGGACCAUCAACACGGACAUCAACAAGGCGGUCAACAGGUCCAAUCUCCGGGACAUCAACAACACGGUCGCCACGUCAAUGGGCCUAUCAAAUGUCGAGUACUAGUGCUCCUGAGCCAUCAACAGCUUCUAGACGAAGCACCUCAUCAAGAGGCAAAAAUGUUCAAGUUGUUCUAUUGGACACAGAUACAUCCAUUGAAAGGGAUGGAGUGAAGGUACACUAUCCUUCAAGGGGACAUGAUGAUUCCAUAGAACUUUCUAAUGAAGAUCUAUCAUGCCUUGAGUCUGAAUCACAAUUGUCCUCGCCUAUAAUGAACUUUUACAUUAGGUACCUAUGGGAACAAAUGCCAUCAAUUAGUAGAAUAAGAGGCAAUUACCACAUUUUCAACACAUACUUCUUCAACAAACUUGAAGACUUUGCAUCAAAGGGUUCAGAGGUGGACAGCGCUGAUUGUUUCUUAAAGCUGAGAAGAUGGUGGAAGGGUGUGGAUAUAUUUAGGAAGGACUAUAUACUGUUUCCUGUGCAUGCAGAUGCACACUGGAGCUUGGUCAUCGUAUGUAUGCCAGCCAAAGAAGACCACUCAGGACCCAUGGUGCUUCAUUUGGAUUCACUGAAGGGGCAGGUUCACCAGAGCAAAAAUAUUUUCAUCGUCGUUGACAGAUUCUUGAAAACGGAAUGGAUGCACCUGAAUGGAAAGAACCUUACUAGAAAAAUUGUGAAAAAAUCGAUCAAUGUUCCACAACAGGAAAAUGGAUAUGACUGUGGUCUGUUUGCUUUAUUCUAUAUGGAGCGUUUUAUCCAGGAGGCACCUGACAGGUUUUGCAGGAAAGACCUUUCUAUGUUUGGCAAAAGAUGGUUUCGACCAGAAGAGGCUUCAGAGUUGAGAAAGAAAAUGUUUGAUCUGCUGCUUCAGUUGUUCGAGAAAGACAACCUAUAAUGUAAACCUUGUGUACUCGAAUCAUCUCGUAGUAACAAUCAGGGCAAGAUCUUACAAAAUCCAUUCAUAGCCAUGGAAUGUGUUGAUUCAUCUGAUCUCUCUGUUCUGCAUUUCGACCAGAAGAGGCUUCAGAGCUGAGAAAGAAAAAAUGUUGGAUCUGCUGCUUCAGUUGUUCGAGAAAGAAACUAUAAUGUAAACCUUGCGUACUCGAAUCAUCUUGUAGGCACAAUCAGGGCAAGAUCUUACACAAUCCAUUCAUAGCCAUGGAAUGCGUUGUUCCUAGGGAUGCAAGUGGGUACCCAUUAGUAUUUUUGGGUUUCUUAUUUUAGUUUAUUUUCUCUCCCAAACUAAUUACAUAGCAUGUUAUUCUAGUUUAUUUUAUUAAAUUUUGGGUCGACCUAAUGACCCAAAAAAACGUGGGAAUUGCAA